AUGCUGGGCUACUUGGGAACUACUAGGCCUGGACCAGGUUUAUGUUGUCUUCGCAGGUCAAUUUUGACACGGCCGUUAUCUCGCACAUUCGGAACACGUAAAUUUACUCCCAGUGAUGAUCAGAUGGGGCGAUUGCUUCACUUGGGACGAAUCGACGAGGAACUAUUAUAUAAAUUUGACCCUGCAUACUGGUACCCUGCUACGGUUGGCCAAGUUUUGAAUGACACAUAUAAGUUAGUGGCCAAAUUAGGAUUUGGAAACUCAUCUACGGUAUGGUUAGCGAAGGAUAUUACGAGGUGGCGCUGGUUAUCAACGCGCUACGUGACGCUUAAAAUCUCCACCUCUUACUUCUCCGACUCGUCAGCAAUCAAACAGCAUAAGCACGAAUCUUACAUUUCGCAUCGGAUAGUGACCAAGAACCCGUCUCAUCCUGGACUGCAAUUCCUCCGCACUGCAGUUGAUGCGUUCGAGGUCAAAGGUCAAAAAGGCAUUCAUCCCGUUUUAGUCUAUGACCCGAUGCGGGAGCCUCUUUCUGUAUUUUUGGAUCGCUUCGAACUGGUCAACAAUGAAAGACAAUGUGAGCCCGGGUUCGUGAAGACGUUGAUUAGCUUCAUCCUGAGCGGGUUGGACUAUUUGCAUAACGAAUGCGGGAUCGUCCAUCGUGACUUAACCCUAUCCAAUAUCUUGAUACCAUUAGAGCACUCAUCCAUGCUUGCCGCACUCGAAAAGUCCGAAUCUCUUUAUCCUUUUCCCAGCAAGGUCCUUCCAGGAGGGUACAUUAUACACAUGUCACACGAAGACUUUGGCCCACUUGCCCCAGGUAAAACUGUCGGGCCUCCAAAAAUCCACGAUUUUGGUACAGCAGUCGAGCUAGGAGGAAAAUCGAGACCGCUCUUUGAACCUGCAAGUUAUGCGGCGCCGGAGAUACUUCUUGGGUGCGAAGAUGGGACGGGGAGUGACAUUUGGGACGUUGGGAUGAUUGUAUGGGAGCUCUUGGCGGGUAGUCCACUCUUCAAAGGCAUCGAUCCCGAAUUCAAGAUUAGGACAAUGCGGAAACAGCUGGCAGACCUGACAAGCCUUCUUGGACCUCCGCCGCGCUCAUUGCUGAGUAGAGGCAAAGCAUCCUUAUCCUACUUUAACUCUGGCGGCAAAUUUAAAUACCCCAAUCUCCUUGUGCAGCACCGACAGCUAGGAGCCAAGUUCAUGGACAAGAUGAGCCAUGAUGAGAAGGAUGCGUUUCUAGAUUUUAUGAAGGGCAUUGUUAUGUGGGAUCCAUUGGAACGGAAGAGCGUGAAGCAAUUGAUAGAACAUCGAUGCCUACGAACCAGUAUAAAAGAAGGAUUCGACACCGCCGAAGUCCAGCAGCAGUUAGUUGCAAGCUACCUGGUCCAGUCGUCUCAGUUCUUUCCCUACUUCUUUAUUAUGCGCGCCACCUUCGUCUCUGCUGCUCUCCUUGCGGCCGUCCUUCCGGCUCUCGCUGCCCCCACCAACAACGUCCCCAUCAGCAAGUACGCUGGUCCGGUCAAGUCCAACUCUUAUAUUAUCAAACUCAAGGAUGGUGUUUCUACCGACGCACAUGUCAACAAGCUCAUCUCUGCCAUCACCAACGGCGGCAAGGUCGGCCACAAGUACAGCACUGCCUUCCACGGCUACUCUGCCACUCUCCAGGGCAAGGACCUCGACUUGAUCCGCCAGUCGAGCGAUGUCGAGUACAUCGUUGAGGACGGUAUCAUGAGCAUUGAAUACGAGGAGGGUGAUGAGGCCUCUGCAUUCGUCGCUCGUGGGGCUCCCGCUGCUGAGGGACUCGAGAAGCGUGCGAACGGUGCUGGCGUCGAUGUAUACGGCAUUGACACUGGUAUCUACACUGCUCACUCGAGCUUCGGCGGGCGUGCUCGCUGGGGUGCUACCUUCGGUGGCUACGCCAACCAGGACGGCAAUGGCCACGGAACCCACACCGCCGGAACUGCCGUCGGUGCCAGCUAUGGUGUCGCUACCUCGGCCAAUAUCAUCGCCGUCAAGGUGCUGUCCGACGCUGGCUCUGGCACUAACUCGGAUGUGAUUGCGGGAAUCAACUGGGCUGCCACUCAGGCUCGCUCCAGCGGUCGUCCCUCGGUCGCCAACCUGUCUCUCGGUGGUGGUGCCAGCACCGCCGUCGACUCGGCCGUCAGCAGCGCCAUUUCUGGUGGUCUCCACUUUGCCGUCGCUGCUGGAAACAGCAACGUCGAUGCUGGCAGCACCUCUCCUGCUCGUGUUGCCGCUGCCAACACUGUCGGUGCUGUUGACUCGAGCAACCGUAAGGCGUCGUUCUCCAACUACGGUUCCGUUCUUGACGUGUGGGCACCUGGUGUAAACAUCCUGAGCGCCUGGAUCGGCGGAACCACACGCACCAACACAAUCUCUGGUACCUCGAUGGCCUCUCCUCGCGUGGCCGGCUACAUCGCUGUCCGUAUCGGAAACAGCGGUGGAACUCCUGCUGCGGUCUCCUCAGCCCUGAAGGCCGGUGCUCGCGCUGUUGUGACUGGUGCUCCUUCCGGCACUACCAACCUUUUGGCCCAGCCUUUCUAA